AUGGAUAGCCGGCCACCAUCGUUGUCACCGGUCGCUGCACAACCGCCGGUUGCUCCUCCUGCUCCUGUUGGCCAUCGACCGGUAGAUGAGAAACCGGAGAUAAGCGCCAUCCUUGUUCACUCAGUAGCCUUUGACCGGGUGGGCUUUUUGGUGCAGUUUCUUAACCUCAAACAUUGUCAUCAUGCGGUGCUGUUGGAGUGCCUUCCGGAUUCCGGACGUACACAGGACGAGCAGGCGCGUGUAACGAUGUUCCGUCAUGCCGCGGACCGUGGUACCUUGGUUCAAUUUGUUGACAUCGGUUCCGGUUACCCGGGGCAGAGGCAACCUAACGUGACCACCAUCCUAACACCACGCCAACCACCUACCCGGUUGUGCUGUGUACUCGAUUACGAGUGUCCGGCAGCAUCGGCAGUUCUCGAGGAGGUCUCCAGAUAUCGCUUCAUGAACAACACCUUCAGCUGGCUUCUACUACCACGCGAUCUUUCCCGAUCUUCGCCACUUACCGUACAGCGAAUGCUCUGGAACGUUAGUGGCAUCCAGCUGAACAGUGAUUUGAUUACGAUCGAGUGGCGUAACCAGGAGUCGCGCGAGAUCAACUUGUUUGACAUCCAUUCGAAAGGGCGUCAUCUGUGUAAGGACAUCUACCGUACGCUGUACGGAUGGUGGCGCCCCGGACAAGCCAUCGAGCCGAUCGCCGGCUACAGCAGCUACCGAGUACGUCAAGACUUUAACUUUCUGCAACUACGCGGCGUCACGGUGAUCGACCGCAGGAACGUUACGUACGAUUGGGUGGACCGGCUGUUGAGUGAACCCGGACUUACCGAGGGUAUUACCGCGUUCGUCAAGUACCACUACGCGCUGCUAGUGGUUCUGCGGGAUUUUCACAACUUUACUAUCAAGUUCCGUCCGACGAGAGGAUGGGCUGGUCGGUUGCGCCGAUCCGGCUAUCGGUUAGGUUUGCUGGGUGUCGUGCAACGUCACGAGACCGAUGUGGCCGCAACGGGUAUCAUCAUGCGGCUCAGCCGCCAACCGGAGCUCGAUUCCAUCCACUACAGCUGGGCAUUCGAAACUGGUUUCGUGUACAAAAUCACACCGGACAUUGGCAGCAAAUCGGAAGGAAAUGGUUUUGUCGCUCCAUUUUCGCUCUCCGUCUGGUUGGCGUUCGUGAUGUCGCUGGGCCUCGCGAUGCUGGUGCUGAAAUAUCUCCCCCGGGCGUCUGCCCACCUCGGACUGGGCCCGCCACCACCGCCGGAGACCUAUCUACUCGAUGUCGUAUCGUGUGUUGCCCAGCAAGGUGUGGCCCAGGUCUCACGAUUUGUGUCAUCCCGGGUCGCCAUACUGGUGCUACUGGUGGGCAACCUUGUCCUGUACAACUACUACACCUCGACCGUGAUCAGUGGGUUGCUGAGUGUCCAGAUGAUUGGCCCGGAAACGAUCCCCCAAGUCAUUGACAGCUCGUUGAAGGUUUCACUGACCGAUACCGGCUACCAUCGCAUAAUGCUCCGGGAGCAAACGUUACCGUACAGUACGGAGCUGUACGAACGGAAGGCACGCCCGGCACGAUCACCUGCCACGGAGCUGCCACUCUUUACCGACGUUGACCACGCGGUACCGUUUCUGAGGCGCGGUGGUCACGCGCUGCACUGCGAGCUGACGGAGGUCUACCCGGCACUGGCCAACCAGUUCACGGCUAAUGAGAUCUGUGAACUGCGCACGGUCGAAGGUUUGUUUGGAUACGACAUUCGCGUCAUGGCGUUCGUACUGCCCAAGCACAGUAUGUAUAGUGAGCUGUUCAAAACGACGCUGAUGCGGGCACAGGAAACGGGAAUCGUAAAGCGGAUUUAUAGGAUCCACAAGACAACCAAACCGAUCUGCCAAGGAAGUGCAACGGUCUACUCGGUGGAGCUGAGCGAGGUUUCGUUGGCCUUCAUCAUAUUAGGAGUUGGCAUCGCACUAUCGGGGUUAAUUUAUCUGGCGGAAAAACGGGAUAGCAUACGCGCCGAAAGCAUCGAAGGCCGACGGUCUCUGCUGGUGAUGAAGAUGACGAGUUGGUGUGACUAUCAUCCGUCCUCGCCGCCGCCGCCGUCGCCGCUGCACGCCUGA